ACAGACAUUCAUAGAAGUUGUGUUACCCACAUGCAAUCAUGGCUGUUCCCAUGAAUGAGGGCAUGGCGUGAGCCUCUUGCUUUUGGAUGGCGCUGAUCUGUUUCUCCUCCCUAAGGAUGCGUGGCAUGCUGGCCUUUAUUGUGCGAUCUAGCUGCAUGGUUACCCCAAAGAUGAAGUUCCCCAUCUGUAUCAGAAAGUCAUUUGAUGGGUGUCGGGAGAGAUUGGCCAGCAGUAGAUGGUGGCUAGUCACACUUUUUUCCAGGCUGGCCUCCCCUCACAGGACAGUGCUAAGGUGUUUUUAUACAAGCAUACCCAAAAUCUCCACUGUUGCCUAAUGUGUUGGCUUAUUCCAUAUUUUGCAGUUUAAGAAAUUUUUAUUUUUAGCUACAUUUGGGCAUUCUGACCUGACUGGAUGAGUUGCCUGUAGGGUGGAGUGCUGAGGAGGCGCAGGGAUGGAGGUCGUGUUACGGUCCUGAGCAUAGUAAGUGGGCAGGAUGCAUUUCUGUGUUUCUCCUGGCCACGACCUCUUGGUCCUGGGCGUUUCCUGACAGGUUGUAAUGUCCUACCCUUGGUUUCUGGACACUCUAGAGAUUGGAGGAUGCCCAAGGGGAUUUGGAGAUGGGAAUUUGCCAGCAAGUCUCCCUGGCCUGCUGCAGCCGGGUCUUGCCUGUUUUCCUUUGGAGGUAUUGCCUGGAACAGGUGUUUGCCAGCAGUGACUAGUUUCCGCAAGAGGACUCGGCCAAGCUGUGCAUGGUGGCGCACACCUUUAAUCCCAGCACUCGGGAGGUAGAGGUAGGAGAAUCAUCCUGAGUUCAAGGCCACCCUGAGACUAUGUAGUGAAUUCCAGGGAGAUUCUACCUAAAACAACAACAAAAAAACAGGACUUGGUUUGCUGCGGGAUUUUCCAGUAGACCUGGGCAGGCUCUCUGUUUUUUCGCAUCUGGACUCCACUCCCACUCUUGCUGGCUUAUGGGACACCCAGUUGGCAGUGGACUUGUCAAUAAGGUUCACAUCCUUUUGGCAUUGUGAGGUAGGGACAGGUGGCUUAGAUCUACGCUCCCUUCCUGUUAAGCCUGAUUUGGCUAAGAGGGCAGGAGAAAGUGGGGCGUAGGCCUUGUUCUACCUUCUGCCUCUCCCUGUCCUGGGGUCUAGAGGAGGCAUCCUAUGACCUGCUUCUCUGCCUCCAGGGAAGUUUUAUAUCAUUUGGAUCGUUAAAGGCUGUCUCAGCAGCCAUGUGGGCCACCUAGAAGUGUUGAACUUGGAUUCAGGGACUGAAAUCCCUUCUUCGGUGUCCUGCUCACCGUGGGCAGCACCUGGGAUUGAAUCUGAGUCUCGUGAACUCUGAAAAGUCCAGAGAGGUGCUAGCUUGGUUCUUUGCCAAGAGAGCAGAGCCUUGGGGCUUCAUGGCUGCAUUCAAGUAGGUGAGUGUGUGGACUGGUGUUUGGAGGAAAAUAGGCCGGGCUUAAGAAUCUGGCCUGUCAGAGAAGGAUCCAUAGUCUGCUGAGGAGGAGCUCUCCGUUUAGGAAGGGCCGAGUGCUCUGCUCCUCACAAGACCCGCCCCCAGAGUCCUCUGGGAAGUCACCCUAGCCCUGGUGUCUGGCAGUAGUAGCACACACAUCUGGGCAGCCCGGGGAGCAUGAACAACUCGCAGGUGGGCGCUGUGGCCCGAGCCACCUGGCUGAGCUGCUGCAACGGGUCGGCGGUGCUGCUCGAGCCCCCCAGGGGGCCACACCUGGUGCAGGCCGCAGUGCUGGGAGUGCUGUCGCUGCUUGUGCUCGGUGGGGUCCUCUUCCUGGGCUGUGGCCUCCUCCUCCGCGCCCAGGGCCUGGCCGCGCCGCUAGGUCGUGAGCAGCAGGCAUCCCAAGAGUUUGAGCCUGGAGCGGAUGACGACUCCUAGGUGCCAGGCUGGCGGUGUUUGGGAGGCUCAGCCUCCUGGGUACCUUGCAGAACGCCCCGGCCUUGGAGCUGUGGGGCUGUGGCCAAGUUCGUCACAGAUUCUGGAAUCACCAGCCUCCCCAAGAGCUUGCCUUCUGGCUGCUAGGGAACCUGUGCAGGCAAUGGAUUAUGGUGACUCCUCGCCCUAGAGUCCUGGCACCCAGCUGCUGCCUCUGAGUUGAUGCCCAGCAUCUCCUGGGGUGGACCCAGGAGGUCCAUGCUCAAGGAGUGGAUGAGCCCCCUUGGGAGUUGCUGUGUGCCCCGGGCACUGGAAUUGACCUCAUACCCUGAGUGCUUGGUGCAGGAGAUGGUGCUCACAGGCUUCUCUGGACAUGAGCGAGGCCCCUGUUUCCUUUUCAACUUACUGGCCUCUGACGCAGAAGCCCAGUCAUCUGUAGCUAGGAUCCACAUA